CACCAGUAGCCUCUAGUCCGGUGCUUUUGUUUGUCAACAUGUCACGUUUCCUUUCGUCGCAUCGUUUCUGCAGCAGAUGCUACCUGCUAGCAGCGCGCGAGCCUCCGCUGAUGACAGCGCGAGGCAAGUCGCCGCAGGCUGGCAGAGUGUUUAUCCAGACACAACACCGGGGUUACACCGGGGGGCUAGCCUUCUGUAAAAACCGGACAAAGUCCGACAUUUGGCUCUGUGGAGUUGGUGUGGGGAUUGUUUUAGCUGCGGGACUGAAAUACAGCUUCGACUCCGCUGACAUUUCAUGUGAGGACACAGUUAAAAACGCAAACCGGGCCAGCCAGUACACCGAUGCUAUAAAAGUAAGCCGAGACCUACUGGAGCGGAUAAAGGCUGAAGUUGGAGCUCCUGGACUGGUAGUUGGGGUUUCUGUGGACGGUGAUCAGGUUUGGAGUGAAGGUAUGGGUUAUGCUGAUUUGGAGAACCGAGUCCCGUGCACAUCAGACACCAUCAUGCGAAUAGCCAGCAUUAGUAAACCCUUCACAAGUGUAGCUGCUGCACGACUCUGCGAGGACGGGAAACUUGAUCUGGAUGUCCCCGUCCAGAAAUACGUCCCAGAGUUUCCCCAGAAACAGUUCGAUGGACAAGAUGUCACAAUAACAUCUCGUAUGCUUCUGUCGCACCUGAGUGGUAUCAGACACUAUGAGAAGGAUCCAAAGAAAGUGAAGGAGGACAGAGAGAAAGCAAAGCGACUUUUAAAGCCACCAGUUAAAGAUAAAGAGGAGGAUAAGAGCUCAUCUGGGAACAAAGACAAGCCAACAACAGAUCAGAACGCUAAAGGUAAAGAAUCCAGUCAGGCUAGAAAGAAAAAAGAGUUUGAGCAUGAGGAGUACUACUUAAAGGACAAGUUUGAAAGAGUCAUUGAGGCCCUGGACCUCUUUAAGGACGACCCUCUCAUUUUCAAGCCGGGCACCACGUUCCUGUACUCCACUCAUGCCUUCACCCUUCUCAGUGCUGUUUUGGAGCGGGCUGCCGGUCGGCACUUUCUGGAUCUGAUGAUGACCAUGUUUCGUGAGCUGGGAAUGCUCAGCACGAUUCCUGAUGAGAACGACCCCAUUAUUUACCAUCGCUCCAGAUUUUAUCAUGUCAACAAGAGAGGACGUGUUGUAAACUGUCCAUAUGUUGACAACUCCUACAAAUGGGCAGGAGGAGGCUUCCUGUCCACAGUAGGAGACCUGCUGCUCUUCGGUAAUGCUCUGCUUUAUAGCUACCAGGUGGCCUACCUUGAUAAUGAGACAUUGCUCCCUGGCUUCCUCAAACCCAAAACAGCCAUGGAGCUGUGGGCGCCUGUGGACAAGACAGAGGCCAGCUGGGAUAAGGAUGGGCUGUACGCCCAAGGCUGGCUGGUGGUGGAGAAAGAGCAAAAAUUUGGCCAGUGCAGGAAGCGCAGACAUUACGUGUCACACACGGGAGGAGCUGUGGGGGCCAGCAGUGUUCUUCUUGUGUUACCCAGUGAGGAGACGGAACUACGAGGACAGACCCCCGUCCUCCCACAGGGGGUCGUGGUCACCAUCAUUACAAACAUGCAGUCUGUGGGACUGAACUCUACCGCUCUAAAAAUUGCACAUGUGUUUGAAAAAGCCAGAAAUGAGUAAGUUUUUGUCAGAAAUGUUUGAUGUUUACAGAACGCUGAAGUAUUUCAGAUACACGUUCCAUCCAUCCGUUAUCUUAUCCCACUUCUUCCUUUCCAGGUUGUUAUCUUGUGUAAUUUUGAUACACUUACAAUA